UCCUCUAUAGUAGCGUAUGGAAGAGUUGAGCGCGAGCAUUCUCUCAUUCGGUGCUUUCUUGAGAGAGCUCAACACUUCUGCACAACCUUGAGGAGCAACAGGACUACAUAUCUUUUAAACAGGCCAACCAAACUGACCCCAGCGCACUCAUCACGGACAGACAGAGCACGGAAAGAGUUUUGACAGGGGACUGACUCGGAUCAGGAUCAACAUGAGCGAGCGCUUUGACUGUGACAACUGCAAGGAGUCCCUAUACGGCAGGAAGUACAUCCAGGCGGAGGACAACCCUUACUGCAUCCCUUGCUACGACAGCCUGUUCGCCAACACCUGUGAUGAGUGCAAAGAGCUGAUUGGCCACGAUUCAAGAGAGCUGUUUUACGAGGACCGUCACUACCACGAACACUGCUUCCGCUGUUUCCGCUGCGACCGUUCGCUGGCCGACGAGCCCUUCACCAGCCAGGACGAUGCUCUUCUGUGCAACGACUGCUACUGCAACGAGUUCUCCUCCAAAUGUGUGGCCUGCGAUAAAACAGUCAUGCCUGGAACCAGGAAGCUUGAGUACGCCGGCUCCACAUGGCAUGAGAGCUGUUUCAUUUGCAACAGCUGUCAACAACCAAUAGGCUCCAAGUCCUUUAUCCCAGAUAAAGAUGACCACUAUUGUGUACCCUGCUAUGAGAACAAGUUCGCACCACGCUGUACUCGAUGUAAACAGGCCUUGGCUAAAGGUGGUGUGACCUAUAGAGAUGAGCCGUGGCAUAAGGAGUGCUUUGUGUGCACAAGCUGUAAAGUCCAACUAGCUGGCCAGCACUUUACCUCCCGUGAGGAUAGCCCAUACUGCAUCAAAUGUUUUGGAAACCUGUACGCUAAGAAGUGUGAAGCCUGCAGCAAACCCAUUACAGGUUUUGGUGGAGGAAAGUACAUUUCGUUUGAGGAACGGCAAUGGCACCAGCCCUGCUUUACCUGCUCUAGAUGCUCCGUGUCCCUGGUGGGUGCCGGCUUCUUUCCCGAGCAAGACGAGAUCCUCUGUCGCAACUGCAACAGCAACCUAUAGAACGCAACCCCCAUCCGCACACCUUACCUUCCCAUAUACAUACAUCCAUCCUUAUUUUACACUGCUGUGCCCUAUCCUGAGAACUUCCCGUCUCAAUUGACGCCCAUGCUGAUCCUGCAGUUUGAGAUUACAGCAAACUAACCCCUCACACAAUGGUCUCAGCUUCAUCAAAAUACUGCCACCGGAAAAAAUACCGGAGGUCUUCUAAAAGAUGCACCAAAUAUUCCUGUUGAGACUUGGUAGCCUAUAGUCUAUCCGUUGCACAAUCCAGAAUCAACACUCCAUUAAUGUGCAAGUCUCUACAGUAUGCAAGCAUAAAAAUAUCUGAGGUGCCUACUAGUUAUUCCCAUCUUUAUUUUUCCUGGCCAACCGGAGCUGUCAUUAGGCUGGUAAUGGUCAUUAAUGGGUGGAUGUAGCCUUGUGUUUGCAGCCUGUGAAAGAACUCAAACAGAUUCCUUCGCAAACACCCAGAGGUUAAAGUUUGGUGUUCUGUUAAAGUGACUGAACGGCCAUUUAGAAUUGUUCCAAACACUCUGCGCCAAGUGAAAGAACAGGAAUGAAUGCACAACUUAAUUAGCAUUUUGGGUACAAUAAAAGUUACACUUUGAGAAGCAGGCACCCAAAGCUAAACAUCUAGCUUUUUACGCUCCAUGUAUGACACAUAAAUAUGGAUGUGACUGUUGAAUGCUGUAGUUAGUGAGCACUUUUUCUAAAACUUCACUAAUACCUUUUGUUUCUAAGCAGAAUUUGUCCUCUUGAUGCAUUGCACACGCAUUCAAAACAGUGGAGAGUCUUCCAAAAUGCAAAAUGUAUAACAGCUCAAAUGUUUCUGCGGUCCAUAUGAGUGGAAAAAUGAAGUUCGAAAUGCAUUUUGUAUACAGGUGGAAGACGGACUUGCAUUUGCACUACUAUAGCUUGAAUUAUCUAUAGAAGCACAGAAACUAAGAUACAGCACACGUUACACUGUAUAUACACAAACUACAUACUAUUUCCUGUUCACUUUCUGUUUUUUAAUUGUUUGAUAAUUCAUUUGUCUACAUUAUGACCUAUACAGUCAGCAUUUUCUUAAAUCUUUAUUAACAUGUCUCUGUGUUAAGAGUGAAUGCAAUUAAACAAUAUUUGUGUCAGUAUGUCACAAAUGAUUGUAUGCAUGUUGUCGAAUUGAGUCAGUAAGUAUUAUUUUUAAUGCCAAUUUUACUAGUUUCACUCUCUGGAUAUUUCUAAAUGUGUAAGUAUAUAUUCACUUUGAGCUUAAAUGCAGGAGAGAAAGAGUUGGCUAAUGUGCAUUUAAUGAAAAUGAUUCAAGUGAUACAAGCUUUGUAAGUUUGGGGUGUGGUGAAAAAAAAAAUUCAUUUAAAAAAA